CCGUAGUAGAAUCUGUAAUUUGGCGUCUUGCAUCACAUGAGUCUGUACAUACGAGUCCUGAAGCGGCGGAACUACGAGGCAUGAUUUUCCGAGCACAGGCAGCUCUUUCACCGCUCAUAGAGAGAUACACGCAAGACUAGCGUACAGACGACCAGUUUUAGACGUUUUUUCCUUCUUUUCAAACGCAUUCUGCUAAUUUUCUCCAAUAUAAACGCAUCUAUUAGCUUUAGCCAGGUAGCUUGUAGCUGGAAAUUGGGCAAGUAUGAUCAGCCUGGCAGUGGAUUAAUCGCUGAAAUUGGCCUAUUCCAACAGAAGAUUCAUUUUUCGUUUGUGAAACCGCAAUGUCACACACUGUAGUAAAGAUAACCUGUUGUUUUUGUUAUUCUAAAGGCAGAGCUAUCUGAAGUUGAUGUAGGUUUUGCAAAGCUGAACAACAAAAUCCAGGAAAACUGGAGAUCAUAGCCAGGAAAUCUGUUCAGGAGACCAGACUAAAGACCUUUCUACCUUCAAACUGAUCAGUUUAGACCAAAACGAGACCGAACAAAGAAGACGUCCAUCCAAAGGCUUUUCAUAUCAUCUACAGAGAAAGAAUAAAGCACAAAAACAGGCUGAUAUGAUGUUUCCACAAGCCAGGCACUCGGCUUCGUCUCAAUCAGCACAGGCACUCAAAUUCACCACAUCAGACUCUUGUGAUCGCAUCAAAGACGAGUUUCAGUUCCUGCAGGCACAAUAUCACAGUCUGAAGUUGGAAUGUGAUAAACUGGCGAGUGAGAAAUCUGAAAUGCAGCGUCAUUACAUAAUGUAUUAUGAGAUGUCAUAUGGACUCAACAUUGAAAUGCACAAACAGGCGGAGAUUGUGAAGAGAUUGAACGGAAUCUGUGCUCAGGUGUUGCCCUACCUGUCUCAAGAGCACCAGCAGCAGGUCCUGGGGGCAAUUGAGCGAGCCAAACAGGUCACUCCUCCUGAGAUGAACUCAAUUAUUCGGCAGCAGCUUCAGGUUCACCAGCUCUCUCAGCUUCAGGGUUUGGCAUUACCCAUGACCCCUCUGCCCCUGGGCUUGACUCAGCCCGCCCUGCCCGCCGUCACCUCCAGCUCUGGCCUCCUGUCGCUGUCCAGCAUCCUCGCGUCACACGCUCACAUGGCCAAGGAGGACAAGAGCUCUCGCGACGGGGCUGACGGCCACCGCGAGGAUGAUGCCGACAAAUCCGACUAGCCUUCGCAGAGAUGGUUUGAUUCUGUCUCAUGAGUUCUGUUAAGAGGGGCGGAGCUCAGAAAGAGAGGAGGAGAGAUUGCCGAAACCUUCCUUUUCCUCUCUUCACAUCUGUCUCAUUGGAUUGGGUCUGAUUCAAUCUCUCUCUCUCUCUGUUAGUACAGCGAAUCUUUCCUCCGUAAUAUUGUUUUAUUUUUUAUUUUUUUAAUUUUUUUUUUUGCUUUUCAUUAGUGGUACUUGCUAAGGCUCUAUUACUAUCAUAUUUGGGGUUAGUGAUUUCAACAAACCCCUAACCCUAAGUAUUAAACUUCAGCAUGUAACAUACCUCAAAUCGUGUGUCUUGUUGAGGAGAGGUGUAUUAUUACUGUAAAUUACAUUUUUAAUUUUUCCUGGCAUACAUUAAUAUGGGUGAAAAAUAUCCCAUAGAUAUUGAUGGGCGGAUGCAAACCAUAUCUAGAGACCUGAAUAUCAUAGAGUCUAGGUGGUGCACUCUUAUGAGUCACCCAAAACGCACAGGCAACUCCCUAGCAACCACCUAGUAACGCCAUAGCAACUGCAUAGCUGCCCUGGCAACUACCCUAAACACAUAUUGCACAAACAACCACUCAGAACAACUAAACAACCACAUAGCAAUGGCCUAGCAACCAAUUAAAACGAUCUAGCAUUUGCACAAUGUUAGCCAACUAUGGGCGUAAGUUCCGUUGAACUCUGUUGGUAACAAUAGAACUUGCAACCAUAGUUGCUUUUGGGAAACGCUCCCCAGAAGAACUUAGCAACCACAUUGCAACCAAUUAAAAUGCCCUAUCAUUUGUGUAGCAAUGCACUAACAACCAUUUAGAACACUGUAGCACCACACAGUAACACCCUGGCAACCACCCAUAACACUCUGGUAGUGGCACAGAAACAUGCUAAAACCUUCAGAACAUUAUAGUAACAUCUUAGUAACCAAUCAGAAUGCUUUAGAAUUUGCAUAGCAAUGCACAAAACAUUUUAGCAACCACACAGCAACACCCUGGCAACCACCCACAACUCAGUAGUGGUAGAGCAACAUGAGCAAAACAUUCAGAACACCCUAGCAACCACCUAGUAACACCCUAGUAACCAAUCAGUAUGCUCUAGAGUUUGCAUAGCAAUGCACAAAAAACAUUCAAAACAUUUUAUCAACCACACAGCAACACCCUGGCAACCACCCACAACUCAGUAGUGGUAGAGCAACAUGAGCAAAACAUUCAGAACACCCUAGCAACCACCUAG